UGUUUAGGGGCGGGGCUUUGUCAUGUGACAAGUAGUUCCACUUCCCAAACGCCUCAGCCUUCAUUUUGAAAUGGACUCAGAACCUCUCAGAACUAAGGUUCUGACUGUGGUUCUGCUGGUUCUGGUUGGGUUCGGUGUGGGUGUGUUGUUCUUCUUUACCAGGUGUGGUUUAUUUUUGCUGCAAUGACAGCUUUCAGACACAAGGUGGAGCCACUGAGUCGCAACCAUCAUCUGACUGAAGAUGAAGAGCAGGAGGAAGAGUGGGCUCUUCCUCACCUUCACACAUGUGCCCAGGUCUUCAUCACAGCUGCUCUGCCUCUUCCUCACAGGAUGAGAAUCAGCUGAAGUCAGAAAAUCGUCUCCAAGCUGAAAGUUUCGUUUCCUUCCUCUGUUGGUCUGUGGUUUGACAGCAACUGAACAGUCAUCAGUCAGAGGAACAGGAAGACGAGCUUCAUCUGACGCUGACAGCGGAGAUAACCGGAUAAUGGAGCUGAGGAUGAUGAUGGUGGUGAUGAUGAUGAUGGUCAGAGCUGAAGGAAUGAAUGUGACGAAGGUCAGAGCAGAGUUGGGUACAGACGUCUCCUUAAACUGCUCCAUCAGGAACAGAGACAUCUACUGGUUUGUAGAGAUCUACGGUCAGAUCAGAGCAGGAAUAGGACGACUUUAUCAUCCUAAAACACCUGAAUACUACUCUCUGGACUUUAAAUCCAAAUAUUUCAUGGUGGAAACCCGUCUGGAGAUCAAGAACGUCAAUGUAGACGACUGCAGGUCUUACUUCUGUGCAGAGAAGAACAAUGGGAACCUCGUCUUUGUGGACUCUUUCCUACUAGAAUCAGAUGUUCCUGACAGUCAGACGCCGUCCACAGACUCAACCAGCUCCAACCAGAACAGAACCGGUGAGAACCGUGGACCCGAGCUGCUGCAGAGGAAGGAGGUGGUGAUCUCCUCUCUGGGUCUGAAUGGACUCCUGCUUCUCAUCCUCAUUGGUCUGAUGUUUCUUCAUCUGAGGAAGAGGAGGAGCAGCAGCAGGACUGACGUUCCAGAACAUCACCAAACCCAGGAGACUUAUGUAAGAACCUGACUCUGAUCCUCUGACCCAAAAGUCCUCAGACAGAACCUCAUCUCCAUCCUUCAUGGAGCAGCAAUGUUCCACUGAGGAGAGAACGUCUGGUUCUAGAGCAAACAAAGCUCUCCGAUGUUCCUCCUUCUGAAGAACAGCAGCUCCAUGAAGGUCCAGAUCUCUCAUGGUCCAGUCAGAGUUGGUCUCUCCAACAGGGUUCUCCAGGUCCACCAUUAGAAGGUUGCAGGUUCUGUUCCUGUCCUUGUGUUGAAGUGUCUUUGGGCGGGAGACCGCCCCCACAUGGGUUGGCGUGUUCUGUUGCAUAGAUCCGGUUCUGGAGUUCUGCAGAGACUCUGGAGAACCAGCAGUGUGGUAGAUCAGGGAGGUUCUGAAGGUUCUGUUUCUGUGAGGUUCUCUGCUGUUUUGCAGUAUGAAGAGGUCAACCUGCCGCCGCCUGCAGACCUGGCUAUCUACCACAAAGUCCAGCAUCCUUUGUGACUCUCUGCUGCCUCACCUGGACACACCUGGCUCACCUGGACACACCUGCCACACAUGGACACACCUGGACUCACCUGUCUCACCUGGACACACCUGCCACACCUGGCCGCACCUGGACUCACCUGUCUCACCUGGACACACCUGCCUCACCUGGACACACCUGUCUCACCUGGACACACCUGUCUCACCUGGACACACCUGCCUCAUCUGGACACACCUGCCUCAUUUAGACACACCUGCCUCAUCUGGACACACCUGCCUCAUCUGGACACACCUGCCUCACCUGGACACACCUGUCUCACCUGGACACACCUGGACACACCUGUCUCACCUGGACACACCUGCCUCAUCUCGACACACCUGCCUCAUUUGGACACACCUGUCUCACCUGGACACACCUGCCUCACCUGGACACGCCUGCCUCAUCUGGAAACACCUGGGCACACCUGUCUCACCUGGACACACCUGUCUCACCUGGACAUACCUGUCUCACCUGGACACACCUGCCUCAUCUGGACACACCUGGAUACAACUGUCUCACCUGGACACACCUGCCUCAUCUGGACACACCUGCCUCAUUUGGACACACCUGUCUCAUCUGGACACACCUGCCUCAUCUGGACACACCUGCCUCAUCUGGACAUACCUGGACACACCUGUCUCACCUGGACACACCUGUCUCAACUGGACAGGUAACGGACCUGGAGGUCUGAUUCAGGACAGACGGUUGGUGAUCAGAGGAGGACCGGACCGUUGGAAGAAAACCGAGGAGGAGGAGCCUGCAGCUUAUGACAACGUUUUUGUUGUCCUUGUUUGUUGUUUUUGCAUCAAAUGUUUGUUUUCUUUCAUCUUUGGAUCUAAAUAAAUGUAAAUAAAGUCAGAGAGCUUCUCCUCCAUCUUUGUAGUUUUUAUCUAAAGUUCUGGUUUGCUAAGAAUUUUCUCCAUCACCUCCAACAACAGAACUGUGGGGGCGGAGUCACAGCAGUCCCGCAAUCUCCAUUUUGGAGCCUAUCGUCAUGGAAACAACACAAGUGAAUCUUCUGACGACCCCUGCACCUUGGCUAAGGACACCUCCCAUGACCAGACGGCUGCUGUAGGGGGGUGUUGGUGGGGUGGGGGGGUUAUCUUGAUGUUCCGGUAAACAACAUUCUGGUUUGAAUUGUCCAACCUCCUGAUCUCUAUGAGGAGACAGAUGCUCCCCCACCUGCAGCAUGAAUGACUGCAUGUCUGUGCGCCGAGAGAAAGGAGGGGGGCUAUGAAGGCAACAUUCUGAUUUACAGACAGGACAGUGAAGGCAGCAUGAACCAAAGCAGAUGAGUGUUUGAAUCUCAGAUGCUCUGAAACCAACUUCCUGUUGUUUGGGGGAAAAGUGACAAAGGUGUCUGAAACUACCCCCCUCCCCCCCUGAGAUGUUUCACAGAAUCUCCCCCACAAUUCUGAGUCUGCGGUCUCAGAAGUGGGUCACAUGAUCACACCUGAGAAAGGUUUGACCACACAGACGCCGUGGAGGCAGAGCAGAGUUUGCAGAGGAACAGAUGAAGAUGAUAAAUGCCUCUCUGGAAACGG